AUGCUCGAGCCCCAGGCUCUUGCCUCCGCCCUCCUCCCUCUCCACGCCAAAUCCGCCUUCCCCUCCAAGCUCUCCCCGUCGCAUAUGCACGACGACUCCGGCUCGCCGCCGCGCACGCCCUCGGAGUCGUCCAUCUCUUCCACCGCUUCGACAACAAGCGGGGAAGGCGACGCCCCUUCCAUCUUCUCUGCCCAGUCCCACCCGGCUUCCACCCGUCUGACCAGCCCCGCAAGCUCAGAAAACGGCACCAAGCAUGCGGACGCUAUCGAGACCAUCACGAUCGCGUCGAGCCCUCGUCCACGUCUGUUAUCUGCCGGUUCGGAGUCCGUGCGUUCCUCCUCAUCAGGGAGCACGGUCGGGAAGCAGUCCGGCAGGAAGAUGACCUACACGGACGAAGACUGGGCACAGGACGUGCGGUGGCUCGCGCCCCCAAGGAUGCCCGCCGCCGCGUCCGAGGCUCCCCGCCGACGCUCGAGGACACUGCCCGCCAACCACCAACCUCCGGCCGCACAGCAUGUGGACGACGCGCCGACCGCGCGGAGACCCGGACGCACCGGGAAAGGGGACGGGCGGAGCAAGCGGUCGCGGCACUCGCGGGGGCGCAUGUCCGCGCUGUGGGAGGAGGACGAGAGCGAGGAAUGCAGCACGAGCACCGAGGCGAGCCGAUCGUCGACGCCCAUCCCGGAGACCCCGCCGCACUCGCUCCCCACGUCGCCGCUCGGGAAGGCGAUCGCGCUGCAGGUGCCCGACGAGGAGCCGACGCCGUCCGAGUCGACGCACUCGGAGAGCACGCCCGACGCCCGACUGCAGCGGUAUGCCCGCGGCCAGAGGCGCUCCCUGUCGACGACGUCAUCCGUGUUCAAGUCCACCGGCUCGGGCGCCCAUCUCCCCACCCACACCCUCCCCAACCCCGUCCCGGACCAGCCGACGACCUCUGCCAACGGCUACACCGGCCUCGUUCUCCCCCACGCCGGCUACUCCAACGCCAAAGGCAAGGCAUCCCAAGAGGGCCAUGUCGAUCUCGUCCGCGCCGGCCUGGCGCAGAGCAGCAUGGCGACCAUCGAGGUCAUCCGCGGUGUCGCCGCGACCGUCUCGGGUGCUGCUGCGACCGCUCUCUCAUCAUCACCGGCGAAGCCCCGCAAACAGCUUCCCUUCUCCCUCGGCCGCUCCUUCUCAUUCAGCAUCAAGUCUAAAAAGCGGGAGAGCGCGACCCCCGUCCACCUCCAAGGCGGCCUCCCGCUCCCCGUCGCUUUCACUGCCCACAUGUCACCACCGUCCUACGUCCCCGAGUCACACGUUCUGGUGCAGGUCCACGCGGUCGGACUUGAUGCGCUCGACUCCUUGAUUGUUCACGAGAAGUCCGGCUUAAGCGGCACGGGUGGCAUAGGCGGAGGCAAGGGCAUUGGCGGCGGCAAGGCUGGAUUCAUUCCUGGGCGAAGUUUCGUGGGGAAGGUGAUUGAAUGCGGAUGGGCCGUGAGGGAUGAGGUAUGCAAGCGGAAUGAGUGGGUGGUCGGGCUUCUGGAUCCCAAGAAGUGCGGUGCGCUCUCUGAAUUCGUCCUCGUCGAGCGCCACCGCGUGCACCGAGCACCUCAACCUCGCUCGCGCACACCCACACUUUUCCCUCCACGACGACGCGCACAUCUACGCAGCUCAUCUCUCCCUGUCAACGGCCAGCCUCUUCCACACACAUCCUCUCCUCUUGCGCCACCUCCCCUCACCCUAGAAGAACUUGCCCUUCUACCUUUGGCCGGUGUUUACGCACAUCGCGCUAUCCGCACAUGCGCCGACGUCCUGUCCCCCCCUCACGGCUCUCGAACGCCUAGCGAUGGACCGCGGCCGGAAGUGCGUGCCCUUGUUUUACGCGGACACGACGGUGCCGGCGCGCUCGCGGUGCAGAUGCUAGGCAAACGAGGCGUCCGCAUAUGCGUGCAAGUGCCCGACUCUGCCGUGGAAGACGAUGCGGACGAACCCCCUCCCCAAGCGCGGAAGGUCUCCCUUGAUAUGGUGCGGCCAUCGGCGCGGUCCGACAAGGGCAAGGGCAAGGAAGGCGCGCCGCCAGCACGAAAUAAACGAUCUUUGCUGGAGUCACGCCUCCACGCCUGGGGCGUAGAGGAUAUCUGCGUCGGCGAACCUGUCGAGAUCCUCCGACAACUGGCUGAAGACGGCAAAUCCUUCGACAUGAUCAUAGACACCGUGGGCGGUGUCGCCGUCUGGGAGGUCUCUCAGCGGCUGCUCACCAUGGACUGGAACGCCUCUGCUUCACGCUCCUCAGUCUCCCUUGUAUCGCGAAAUAACUCGAUCGACCUCAACCAGGACUCGGGCCCUCCGUCAGACCCGCAAGAGACGCCGAAGCCCUCAAAGCCGAAGCCGAAGCCGGCGAUCUCGCACGCGCAGUUCACGACCCUCGUCGGCGACACCCCUCACCGGGCGAUCCCGACUGCGCAGGACAACCUCCGCUCCGGCCUCCGCUCCCUGCGCCGCUCCGUCUCCACCUCCGCCCCGAGCCCGCCGAAACCGCCGACUGCCGCGGUGCUCACCCGCCGGGCGACGACGAAGGGCGAGAAGCGGGUCGUCGGCUACGCGUGGGUCAGCGUCGCGGCCGACGUCGACUUCGAGGGCGAGGACGUGCGGGACUCGCUCGGCGCCGUCGUGCGCAUGGCGGAGACGGGGUGGCUCCGGCCGCCGUGCGUCGACGGCGAGGGCACGCCGGACAAGGGCAAGGUCUUCGGCUUCGAGAGCGCGCCGGAGGUGUUCCGGCGGGGCGUCGUCGGGCCGCUGGGCGUGCUCGCGGACGGCGGGACGUGCGUGGUGCGGAUCGUCGGCUGA